CGAAUCGCCCGACCGGGCGUUUGAUGAAAUCGGGAUUGUCCAGAAAGUUCGCCCGACCGGGCGAUUUUCAAAGUGCAAAUCGCCCGACCGGGCGAUUUCUUCGCGCGAUUUAAAGACGCAAACCAGGUCAGUUUUUACACUUUCAAAACCCUACCCCCAUUUCUCUCUCGUUCCUCUCUACUCUCUCUCGCCCCUCCACCUUCAAAUCUUCCACUUACACUGAUUUCACACACAUACCAUCCUCCCAAUCCAUCUAAUUCAAGGGUUGAACCGAUUAAUCGGUUGAUUUACUCAAGAACAAGCAAAAAGGAGAGAAAUCCGUUUUCUAUCACUCUAAGCCCGAAAGGUAGUGAACGAUGGCGCCCAACCACUCUGGAGUUAAUUUGAAUGCCGAAGAGAAGAAGAAAUGGGCCGAACUCUCACAACUACCCUACCGGGUAGCUAGAUAUCCAUGCCCUAUCACAAUCCGACGGUUGGGCAUUGAGCAGUGCUUCAAUGAGCUAUGUGAAGAGGGGCAACUAAAUGGGCUCUUCAUGGCACAGAGGAACCCCUCCUAUCAGAGGCUUACACUAGAGUUCUUGUCUACCCUUGAGGUAAUCAUGAACAGGAGGGAGAUAGUUGCCAUCAAGUUUCGUAUGAGGAAUGCUGAGUACACAGUGACGAUGGCACAAUUCAAGGAGAUCUUUGGAUUUUCAGGGGAGGUGUAUAGAGAGCCGUUUAACUUCAGUCACAAUGCGAAUGACUUCUGGAAGGCCAUCACUACCGUUGAUGACAACUUCGCCGCCAACAGGGCAAAGGGUUCUCUCAUUAGGAACCCAGCCUUGCGCUUACUCCAGAAGGCGUGUGUAUGUUACCCCUUCGCUCGUCAUGAGCAUGGGAGUGUGCAGAGAGACGAGCUCUUCCUGUUAUGGACUAUUUUGCACAAGGAGACUCCCUUGAAUUUGGGCCACUUCAUGAUCAAACAUCUUGAGAGGGCUUCGAAGAAGAAAACCGGCACACUCUGUGUCGGUGCGGUUGUGUCAGCUAUUGCACUCCAUCUGGGAGUGUCGACGAGGGGCUUGGUCGCCGACAUUGGUGACAACUUGAUGGACUUCGGCUUUCUGAGAAGAACAAGGCUGGUCGGAGUGGACCAACGAGGGCAGAUAUAUUUGAUACAGAGGGCAGCAGAUCAUUACCCCCUCCCGGACACCGUCAACACCUAUGUGAACGGUCCUUUCCACAAGGAAAACUGGAAGAUGAAGGCUGCGGUCCACGAACAAGUCACGGCGGUGAAUCCGCGGAACUUGCAAUUUAGGGAUGUGAGCCCGAGCUCGAGUGUUGAUGAAGCGCCCCACAUGGGCUUUCCCGAGAUCGAGAUGGGGGACGAGCAGAAUGAAGAAGAAAAUGAGGAGGAAGGUGAGGAUCAACCGACCUACCAAGGGGGAGAUGAAGCCGGGACAAGCACGCAGAGGACACGAAGCCGACAAGAGCGACAAGAGGAGGACUACGGCUCGAUCAAUGAGAGGUUGACACGGAUGGAGUUGCGUCAGCAGGAAUAUUGGGUCCAGAAUGAAGCGCGAUGGGACCAGUUCGAAACCAACUGGACCCAAUUCACUGAUUUCAACAAUGCACAAUGGGCCAACAUCAAUGCCCGAUUCGAUGAAUUCCGUGGCCAGUGGCAGCAUCCGCCUCCUCCUCCGCAGUGAAGGUCCAUGGGAGAUCCACUCUCUUUUAAACUUAUCCUAGCUUUGCUUGGAAUAAGUUUGGGGGGUGUCUAGUGGAUUCCCUCUUUUACCUCUCUCCCUCUUUAUUUGAUGAUGAUACCCCGGCCUGUACCCCUAUUCUUUUGAUGAUAUUUGAUGAUGAUAUGUGGGCAUGUAAACUUAUGUGGUUUUGUUUCCUUGUUCCA